ACAAAAUGGCGACCACCAUGCGCCUGUGCAAUGGCCUUUCUCUACGCAGUUGUUUAGAUUUGUCGAUUUGAUGGAUACUUCCACUUACAAUAGUUUCUCAAUUAGCUAAAAGUCUUCGAAAUAUUUUUGUUUGUGUUAAGAUAAGGAGAAUUUCCAAAGAAAUUGCAUAGUUGUUACAGCAAAGAUUGCGCUGUGUUUUGGAUUUUCUUUUCUCUGGAGUUCUCAUCCCUUGUUGGCUAUUUUGGGAGUUUAUCAACUUUUCAAGCGAUUCUUGUCAUUCUCGUUGAUAAUGGAGUUUCACGUUGGUGGGUCUGUUGGGGUCGUUGUCAGUGGGAAUAACGUACCUGCAUUUCUCACAAAACUUUGGACUCUUGUUGAGGAUCCUGACACCGAUCCUCUAAUCUGCUGGAGCCCAAAUGGCAACAGCUUCCAUGUGUUUGAUCAGUGCCGAUUCUCCAAGGAGGUGCUUCCCAAGUAUUUUAAACACAAUAACAUGGCCAGCUUUGUGCGCCAGCUCAAUAUGUAUGGCUUCCGCAAAGUAGUUCACAUUGAGCAAGGCGGCCUGGUGAAGCCCGAGAAGGACGACACUGAAUUCCAGCAUCCCUACUUCCUCCGCGGACAAGAGCAUCUGCUGGAAAAUAUCAAACGGAAAGUUACCAAUGUGUCCAAUGUUAAACAUGAUGAGCUUAAGAUGAGCUCAGACGAUGUCUCAAAAAUCCUGACCAAUGUGCAGCACAUAAAGGGCAAGCAGGAGACCAUAGACUCCCAAAUCAUCGCCAUGAAGCAUGAGAAUGAAGCUCUGUGGAGGGAGGUGGCCAGCCUCAGACAGAAACACGCCCAGCAACAGAAAGUCGUCAACAAGCUCAUCCAGUUCCUAGUGACCCUGGUGCAGUCCAACAGAGUCCUGGGGAUGAAGAGAAAGAUUCCCCUGAUGCUGAAUGACAGCAGCUCCGCCCACUCCUUGCCCAAGUUCAGCAGGCAGUACUCUCUGGAACAUCUUCAGACCUCGCUGCAGGGCUCGCCUGCUAUCUCCGCCUCAGGCGCACCAUUCACCAGUACCGGUCUCUUCACGGCAGAGCCGUCUCUUAACAACGGCCCCAUAAUCUCUGACGUCACCGACCUGGCACAGGCCAGCCCUGUGGAGGUCACUAAUGAGUGGAUAGAGGAAAGCACGAGCCCAUUGGUCCACAUAAAGGAGGAGCCAUCCAGUCCCGUGUUGGAGGAGGUCUGUCCGGCCGAGGCCGUGAUCGGUGGGGCAGGAGUCCUGGUAGACACUCCCCUGUCCCCCAUCACCUUCAUCAACUCCAUCCUUCAGGAGAGCAACGAGCCUAACACGUCGCCUGCCCCAACGACCCCUACGGAGCAAAAGUGUCUCAGCCUCGCCUGUCUAGACAAUUCUACACAGAUGUCAGAGGUCUCUCGCCUCUUCCCCAGCCCCUCCUCGACUCUACACCUCAGACCUCACCCAGGGAGUGAGCUGAGUGACCAUUUGGACAGCAUCGACAAUGGCCUGGAAAACCUCCAGACGAUCCUAAACGCGCAGUCCAUCAAUUUCGAGUCCUCACCCCUCUUUGAAUUCUUCAGUUCUUCCCUGCCUGGCUCUGAAUUCGACCUGGAGAGCCUUGACUGUAUCCAGGACUUGCUUUCAUCAGAUUCACCCAAAGGGGCUGAGAGAAGUGACAACUACACAGCAGGGAAGCAGCUGGUCCAGUACACCUCCCAGCCAAUGCUACUGACUGACCCACUGACCAAUGAGAAUGGCGGAGCGGACCUCCCCACUCUGCUGGAGCUGGAGGGGGACUCGUAUUUCACCCAGGACCAGGACCCUGAAGAGGACCCUACCAUCUCGCUCCUCACUACCGACUACCAUACAGCAACACCAGACAAGCCCGAACUAUCCUAAAGCAUUUUUUUUUAUAAAGUGAUGUAUUGCAGUGUUUUGUUUUGUUUUUUUGUCAUUAUGUUAAUGUGCAGAUGAUGAAAAAUCAACCUGUUAAAACAUUUAUUAUUAUGGUGUUCAUUAUUCUCUGAGCUAUUGAUUUUCAUUCAUUUUAAGGCUUAAACUACUUAUUGAAAGAAUUUUGCUAAGAUGAAUCAAACCAAAUGUUCGACUUACGCUACUGGCAUGGUUUAUUCAUCCCAUGGAAAGGACUUCCUGGGUUGAAUUAUCUGUGAUCUUACUAGCGGACACAAAUAAAGCUCAAUCAUAAUCAUUACUAGGUCAAGUUUUAAGCAUUGUUCACCAAGCUCCUUUAAUUAUUAAAAGUGGAAGUAUGCAGAAUAAUUGUUUUGUUAUACCAAGUGUAAAGAUCAAAUACAUUUCAAAGGUGUGUGCGUGUGUGUGGUCCACUAGACUCCACCUGAAUCAUUUCUCUCUCGUCAACUCUGUUCUUUUAGACUCACUAUCCAAGGGAUGUGGCUUGACUGUUUCAUGAAAAAAAAACGGUUUUUGUGUUUCUUUUUUAAAAUGUUUAGGUUCUUGCGCUUUCACUUAUUGAUAUAAGGAUUGUACCUUAAUCAUCAUUUUUUAAGUGUUUGAAUCUUUGUGCUGCACCAAUAUGUUGUUUUAUUCACAUUAGAUGCAGGAAGUGUUUUCUUUGGCAUUUUCCCCUGCAUAAUUCAUAAUGGAAUGCUGUUGGUAUUUCAGCACCUUAUAGUUAUACUUUCGUAUCUAAGGUUGUUUCAUUUUAUUACUUGUUGAUUAAAGAACCAUACAUUAAUUUAUUUUAGACAGAGUUCUCCAAAACACCAAAUACUACUUACUCGAGCCCUCAGAAGUGUCAAUGUUCACAUGCAUAUAGUCUGGAUGACAAAAUCAUAUUGAUUUUUUUAAUAAUAUAAUGAAACAUUGAGCAUUGAAUGGCAAUUCAUAUUUUUUUCUUUAAGCAUUUUUUCUUAAAGACUAGAUGACCAACUGUCAAUAAAAUAUUACACGUCAGACAGGUGAAUGGCAUAGAGUUUUCUAGUAGAUAACCCAUCAGUGUUUGUUCACAGUAAGCAUUCAUGUCUUCAAAUCAAACUGAUUUGGUUUAGAUUUCUUGAAACCAAAUCCACUGACUUAAGACUGGCCCUUUGUACAAGUGUACAAUAGACUGUUUUUAAGAUGCUUUCGGUAUAUGACAAGAGAUUGACAUAAUAUCCUGGGUUAAUCCUUCUAUACCAGCCAGCACAUUCCAUUAUGUGGAUUGCUUUUUGGGAUAGAAAUUAUUUGAAUUUAAAGCAGGAUUCCAUGUACAGUGCAUUCGGCAAUGAUUCAGACCCCUUGACUUCUUACACAUUUUGUUAUGUUGCAGCCGUGUUCUAAAAUGGAUAACAUUUGUUUUUUUUCCUCAUCAAUCUACAGACAAUACCCCACAAUGACAAAGCACAGUAUUUUGUAAAUGUAUUAAAAAUACAAAACUGAAAUAUCACAUAUACAUAAGUAUUCAGACCCUUCACUCAGUACUUUGUUGAAGCACCUUUAGCAGUGAUUACAGCCUCAAGUUUUAUUGGGUAUGACACUACAAGCUUGGUACACCUGUAUUUGGGGAGUUUCUUCCAUUCUUCUCUGGAGAUCCUCCCAUGCUCUGUCAGGUUGGAUGGGGAGUGUCGCUGCACAGCUACUUUCAGGUCUCCAGAGAUCUUUGAUUGGGUUCAAGUCCAGGCUCUGGCUUGGCCACUCAAGGACAUUGAGACUUGUCCCGAAGCAACUCCUGCAUUGUCUUGGCAGUGUGCUUAGGGUCGUUGCCCUGUUGGAAGUUGAACCUUCACCCCAGUCUGAGGUCCUGAGUGCUCUGGAGCAGGUUUUCCUCAAGGAUCUCUCUCCAAUUCAUCCUUCCCUCAAUCCUGACUAGUCUCCCAGUCCCUGCUGCUGAAAAACAUCCCCACAGCAUGAUGCUGCCACCACCAUACUUCACCGUAGGGAUGGUGCCAGGUUUCCUCCAGAUGUGACGCUUGGCAUUCAGGCCAAAGAGUUCAAUCUUGGUUUCUUCUGACCAGAGAAUCUUGUUUCUCAUGGUCUGAGAGUCUUUAGGUGCCGUUUUCCAAACCAAAGUCAUGUGCCUUUUACUGAGGUUUGGCUUCCGUCUGGCCACUCUACCAUAAAGACCCGAUUGGUGGAGUGCUGCAGAGAUGGUUGUCCUUCUGGAAAGUUCUCCCAUUGCCACAGAGGAACUCUGGAGCACUGUCAGAGUGACCAUCGGGUUCUUAGUCACCUCCCUUACCAAGGCCCUUCACCCCCAAUUGCUCAGUUUGGCCGGGCGGCCAGCUGUAGGAAGAGUCUUGGUGAUUCCAAACCGCUCGCAUUUAAGAAUGAUGGAGGAAACUGUGUUAUUGGGGACCUUCAAUGCUGCAGACAUUUUUUGGUACCGUCCCUUGACACAAUCCUGUCUCUGAGGUCUACGGACAAUUCCUUCAACCUCAUGGCUUGGUUUUUGCCCUGACAUGCACUGUCAACCUUCAGACCUUAUAUAGACAAGUGUGUGCCUCGCCAUAUAAUGUCCAAUCAAAUGAAUUUACCACAGGUGGACUCCAAUCAAGUUGUAGAAACAUCUCAAGGAUCAUCAAUGGAAACAGGAUGCACCGAGCGCUAAGUCUCAUAACAAAGGGUCUGAAUACUUUUGUAAAUAAAGUAUUUCUGUUUAGUUUUUUAUAAAUAAAAAAUAAACAUCCAAAAACCUGUUUUCACUUUGUCAUUAUGGGAUAUUGUUUGUAGAUUGAUGAGGAAAUGUUUUUAUUUAAUCAAUUUUAGAUUACCGUAAGGCUUUUCAAGUUUUUUUACAAUGACGGCCUACAACUUCCAAAACCGAAUGAUGCUGGGCCAAUUGUGUUCCGCCCUAUGGGACUCCCAAUCAUGACUGGUUGUGAUACAGCCUGGAAUCGAACCAGGGUGUCUGUAGUGACACCUCUAGCACUGAGAUGCAGUGCCUUAGACCGCUGUGUCACUCGGGAGCCCUGUAACGUAAAAAAGUAAAGGGGUCUGAAUACUUUCCGAAUGCACUGUAUAUCAUCCAAUGUCUUGUCAACCAUAUGCUAUUUGUUUAUUUUCUGGAAGCCUGUUUCCCUCGAGCGUUAUUAUUUUAUAGUCAAAUCCUUGUCUAGGAAAACAAAUGAAUCAUUGAAUCUUGGUUCAAGUGUGAGGAACUUUGUGAAUUUACGCAUACUUCCCCCAGAGGUUGUUUUGAGUUUGUUCAAACUGGGUUUUUUUGUAAUUAACUGCUUUUAAGAAAGGGGAAGUAUUGGAGUAUAUUGAUGUGCUGAAUUGUACAUUGUUAAGCACUUUUACCAGUUCCACCAUAACACAAUGGCACAGCCUGAGAAACCCAAAUUACGCAUGAGAACAAUAUUUUGUGUAUGGUAUGUUUUAAAUAAACAUGGUUGUUUUGAAAUAAA